UCAAAUGGGGAACUUAGAGAAACAGCAACCACUCGACUGCUCCCCGGAGCUUAGAACAGAGCUGAAGGGGACCAUGUGACACGCCUCCAGGACCCCUGGAUGCCCACAGGCCCAGAAGCCUCAGGUCAGAGAUGAGGACACUGAGGCCGAGGGAGGAACGGGAAGCUGCCUAAGACUGUGUGGAUGCAGCAACACUCGACUUUUUCCUUCCUGUUGCCCUUUCAUGGGUGACUGCCAGCCCAUCCCAUAAAAAGAAAGUCAGCAUAUUGAAUAUUCAGAGCAACUCGAUAAUAUGAGGAUCCUAACAAUGAAAGAAAGAUCUGCUCAGCCUCGGAUGGACCAGUGCGGCAAAGGGCCAGACCCCGGUUUAGCAUCUGGCGGAUGGGCAGACGGCCUUGGAGUAUGGCAAGUGCCGAGCACCCCGGGAGCCCUGGAUGGAGAGGACCUGUAGCCCCGUGCGCUGCAGGGACCAAGACUAAGCGGAAGGCGUCAGCCACUGGCCCAGACCUCCCACAUCCAGGACCUGAAGAGGACUUAGAUGCCGACAGCAGUCCGAGCCCCAACUCCAGUAUGACCACGCGAGAGCUGCAGGAGUACUGGAGAAAUGAGAAGUGCUGCUGGAAGCCCAUCAAACUGCUCUUCGAGGUUGCCUCGGCCCGUAUCGAGGAGAGGAAAGACUCCAAGUUUGUGAUGUACCAAAUCGUCGUCAUCCAGACAGGGAGCUUUGACAGCAACAAAGCCGUCCUAGAACGGCGCUAUUCAGACUUUGAGAGGCUCCAGAAAAACCUCCUGAAGUCGUUCGGGGAAGAGAUCGAAGAUGUCGCCUUCCCCAAGAAGCGCCUGAUGGGCAACUUCACGCAGGAGAUGAUCUCUGAGCGCAAGCUGGCCUUCAAGGAGUACCUGGGCCUGCUGUACGCCAUCCGCGGCAUCCGCCGGUCCCGCGACUUCAUCGACUUCCUGACGCGGCCCGAGCUGAGGGAGGCCUUCGGCUGCCUGCGGGCGGGGCAGUACACCAAGGCCCUGGACAUCCUGGUGCACGUGUUGCCCCUGCUGGAGAAGCUGACAGCCCACUGCCGGGUGCUGGUGGUCCCGGCCCUCUGCGCCACGCUGGUGUGCCACCGAGAGCUCGAGCGCCCCCUGGAGGCCUUCACCGCCGGCGAGAGGGCCCUCGAGUGCCUGGGGGCCCGGGAGGGACAUUGUUACUAUGUCCCCCUGCUGGAGGCCAUGAUCCGCCUGGCCUACCCGCUGGGCAAGGACUUCGUGUCGCUGCAGGAGAGACUGGAGGAGUGCCAGCUCCGGAAGCCCACCUCCCGGGGCUUCACCCUGAAGGAACUGACCGUCCGGGAAUAUCUGUGCUGAGCUGCUCUGGCAGGCGAGCCAGAUGUGGGAUCGCUGUGGCUCUGAAGGCUGUUUGGGCAUUUUGGGUGGGAAGAGCCACUCUGGGCUCUAAUUUGUCGGUCACCUGGGACAAGCUCCUUCUCGGGUCCUCCAUUUCCUCCUCCGUGUUGAACAGAGGUACUCCCAGGCGUCCUUGGGCCCCUGCCUGUGUCUUAUGUCCCUUAGAGGGGAGGCCCACUUCAUCUCAAAACCACAAACCCAGCUGCCAGCGCAUUGGAGCCUAAGAUUCAUCUCACCCAUGUUUUUGUAGGUCACCGGAGGAAAGGUGUCCACAGCACGCCACGGAUACAGCAAACAGCUCUCUCCA